UUGUUGUUGUGGAGGCCAAAAUGGCGGCUCAGGCGGCGGCGGCGGCUCAGGCGGCGGCGGCCCAGGCAGCGCAGGCCGAGGCGGCUGAGUCGUGGUACCUGGCGCUCCUGGGCUUUGCCGAACACUUCCGCACUUCCAGCCCGCCCAAAAUCCGCCUGUGUGUGCACUGCUUGCAGGCCGUGUUCCCCUUCAAGCCGCCGCAGCGCAUUGAGGCCCGAACACACCUGCAGCUCGGCUCCGUGCUCUACCACCACACCAAGAACAGCGAGCAGGCGCGCAGCCACCUGGAGAAGGCGUGGUUGAUAUCACAGCAAAUCCCGCAGUUUGAAGAUGUUAAAUUUGAAGCAGCAAGUCUUUUGUCUGAAUUAUACUGUCAAGAGAAUUCCGUUGAUGCAGCAAAGCCACUGCUGCGGAAAGCAAUCCAGAUCUCACAGCAGACCCCAUACUGGCACUGCCGCCUGCUCUUCCAGCUUGCUCAACUGCACACACUUGAGAAGGACCUGGUGUCAGCCUGUGACCUCCUGGGUGUGGGGGCCGAGUACGCCCGGGUGGUGGGAUCUGAGUACACACGGGCACUCUUCCUGCUCAGCAAAGGGAUGCUAUUGCUGAUGGAGCGCAAGUUGCAGGAAGUCCACCCACUGCUGACCCUCUGUGGACAGAUAGUUGAGAACUGGCAAGGGAACCCCAUCCAGAAAGAGUCUCUGCGUGUCUUCUUCCUGGUGCUCCAGGUGACCCACUACUUGGAUGCUGGGCAGGUAAAGAGCGUGAAGCCAUGCCUGAAGCAGCUGCAGCAGUGCAUCCAGACCAUCUCCACACUGCACGAUGAUGAGAUCCUGCCCAGCAACCCCGCUGACCUCUUCCACUGGCUGCCCAAGGAGCACAUGUGCGUGCUUGUCUACCUGGUGACUGUGAUGCACUCCAUGCAAGCCGGCUACCUAGAGAAGGCACAGAAGUACACAGACAAGGCCCUCAUGCAGCUGGAGAAGCUCAAGAUGCUCGACUGCAGCCCCAUUCUGUCCUCCUUCCAAGUAAUCCUGCUCGAGCACAUCAUCAUGUGCAGGCUCGUCACAGGACACAAGGCCACAGCUCUGCAGGAGAUCUCCCAGGUCUGUCAGCUGUGCCAGCAAUCCCCCCGGCUCUUCUCCAACCACGCAGCACAGCUACAUACACUGCUGGGCCUGUAUUGUGUCUCUGUCAACUGCAUGGACAACGCUGAAGCCCAGUUCACCACAGCUUUGCGGCUCACCAAUCACCAGGAGCUGUGGGCCUUCAUCGUGACCAAUCUGGCGAGUGUGUAUAUACGGGAAGGAAAUAGACACCAAGAGGUACUGUACAGUUUGUUGGAGAGGAUCAAUCCAGACCACAGCUUCCCCGUCAGCUCGCACUGCCUCCGAGCAGCAGCUUUCUACGUGCGUGGGCUCUUCUCCUUCUUCCAGGGACGCUAUAACGAGGCCAAGCGAUUUCUGCGGGAAACCCUGAAGAUGUCCAAUGCAGAGGACCUGAACCGGCUUACAGCCUGCUCCCUUGUGCUCCUGGGCCACAUCUUUUAUGUGUUGGGAAACCAUAGGGAGAGUAACAACAUGGUGGUGCCGGCCAUGCAGCUAGCCAGCAAGAUCCCAGACAUGUCAGUGCAGCUGUGGUCAUCGGCCCUGCUAAGAGACCUGAACAAAGCCUGCGGGAAUGCCAUGGAUGCCCAUGAAGCCGCCCAGAUGCACCAGAACUUCUCGCAGCAGCUGCUCCAGGACCACAUCGAGGCAUGCAGCCUCCCUGAGCACAACCUCAUCACGUGGACAGACGGCCCGCCUCCUGUGCAGUUCCAAGCUCAGAAUGGACCCAACACCAGCCUGGCCAGCCUCCUGUGAGACUCCUGGACAGGGCCACUCAGCUUCUUCGGGCCUCUGUGGGGCCUGGUGUGGCCCCGACUUCCACCCAGAUGGCACUUGAGCUUUCCUUAGAGACGUGCUGGCGUGGCUGUCCCCAGGCUUCUUUCCCGACUGUCUCCAGAGCUUCCAAGUCCUUGGGGAGUGUGGAGGGCCAGUUCCCGUUCUCCCAGGAAGGGCCGGCUGGCCAUUCUUGCUGAGUACCAGGAGUCCGGGUGCUGAGGCUCGCAGGUGGGAUUUUGGAGGCAACUUUCCAGAGCCAUCCUUCAAAGUGGACUUGAGCUGCCAGGCCUGCUUCCACGUCUGAGUCAUGUCUUCAAGAGAGUGUGUCUGGGCGGGGAGUGGAGUGCCAGCCACUGGCCAGCUCCCGAUCCUGCAUGCAGGGGUGGUCAUUACCACCGAGGUGCCACGUGACUUCCAUCGCCUGGGCCUCUAUGCGUUGCUGGAGUCUUUCCUCUGCUCAUGGCAGCUUCCAGUGCCCAGAGGCAAGACACCAGUUUCUGGCCCAAAAUUAGAGGGAAGAAGUCAUUGCUCAUGUCAGGGAUAAAAAUGCACGUCCCGCCACGAUGCUUUUCCCAGUUUGCCUUUCUGUCCAGCAUCCAUCCUUUUGGCAGCUGGGGCCUCUAGCUAGGGGCCCUGGGGGACCCAGGAACUUGGCUUCCAAACAUCUGCACCUUGACUGGAUUCACUGUCCAGCCAUGGGGGUGCACGUGUGUGCGUGUGUGUGUGUGUGCGUGUGUGCGUGUGUGUGUGUGUGUGUGUGUGUGUGUGUGUGUGUGUGUGUGUGUGGCUUCACAGAGCUGGCGCCCAGAGCAGAAACUCCUGUGUUUGCGCCAGCCGCCCUCCCCCGUCAGCGUCCAUAGUGCGGGGCAGGAAGCUGGGGAGAGGGACUUUCCUCAGCCCAACUCAGGGCGCCGGAUCAAAGGGGCUUGCUUUCUGGCAGCUCUGCAGCCUCCUUUGCAGAGAAUGUGUGCAGACACCUGAAGCUCCACCAGCCUGCAGGCAGCCACUCCCUUGGCCCCCUGCCCUGUGUUCAGAGGGAAGGAGGAGGAAACCUACCUGCCUUGGGUCUCAGAACAGCAUUGAAAACUUCCUGAGCUGGACCCCAGGAGGCUCUGCCAGGCCCAGACAGCCAUUCUCGGUUCUGUGUUCCUCUUGGAUAGUUGAGGAGGUGCCCCAGGUGAUGGGGACGUUAGGGGCAGUCAAAGCAGCUGCCGCCUUUAGCUUCUGGCACCUGGGAUCAUCUCCCUGAUGAGGGAUGGUGAGUGGUUUUGCUAGUCACAACUGCUUGUUGGUUCAAGUCUAGGCACCCAGCACCGUGAAGGCUGUUUCUUGAAGCCUCAGUGUCCGUGAAGGAAGGAAUGUUGGCCUCGCUCAGGUCAGCUGCCUGGGCCCUGAGGCCUGGGUGUGCCUUAGCCAUAAGCAGGCCUGUCAGCAGACCUCCCUGCUCUGGGCUACUGCCCAUAUCAGGGCCCUACUGCCCUCUUGGGGGCCCGCAACAGGCAUGCAAGUGAGCUACUGGUUGAAGGGACAGGCUGGUUGGAGGGACGGGCUGGCAGAGUUUCGUCCUAAGAGGACCUGCCCUCUCUGUGUCAUCCUGGGUCACUCGUAAGAGUCUGGCCCUCUCCCAUGUUCCCUGGGGCUACCCCCUUGAUGUCACCACUGGGCCUGUGAGGCCUGCAGAUGUGGGUCUGAUGUCUGGUCAUGAGCUGUCCACAUCCUGUCUUCCUCCCCCCUCAAGGGUGCCCCCCAGGUCCUCCCCUCCACUCAAGGGACAGAGCACCUGUCUUGCUACAAGCUGCGCCUGCAGGCCUGGACCCCACACUGUCGAACCUCUCCAGACCCACAUUUCUUCAAUCACAUUUUACAUCAUGCUUGUCUCUGUGUAUUUAUUUAAACCUUUCUUUCCUUCUAGGACAUUUUGUAUGUAGAGCAGUUGAAAUAAGAACCUCAACACUUAAGGUCUGUCCUGAUGUUAAAGUGCUUUUAGUGACCACUUUGUUAUCUAUGUAUAUGUAAAGUUAAGGUUAAGUUCUUAAGUUUACAGUUAAGAAUUCAGUACUCAAUAUUUAAUAUUCCACUCUAGCUUUAUGGAAGCCAACCCGCGUGUACUGCAUGCGUGCGUGUGUGUGAACUUUGAAUGUCCCCUUCACUGCAGCACCUUUCAAUUACAUAAAGCUGUCGUAAAUACCUUCCUGUGAGUCCAAAUUCAGUGCCUCACAGUUUCUCAAUCAUAAGAAUUUAAGAGCAAGCAAGCCCCCAGGGAGACAUUAUAGCUAGUGUCAUAUAGCUAAGUGUUCAGGAAAAAACAGAUAAAUAAAAACUCCAAACCCUUAAGCAUACAGGGGUGUGAGGGAGUAGCGGAAAGAUUCCUGUUGGCAGGUAAAUUAAAGCUGGUCAGACCCCUUGUGUGCACCUCCCACUUCCUCCUAUGAGCAGUGGUGGCCCUCAGGGCCUAUGGUUCUGGGGACGUUGGUCCAGGAGGUGCCAGGUUCCCUUGGAGACACAGCUGCCUUCCCCUGUUGGAUCCCCCCAGUCGCCCAUGGGUGAGGCCAGCGUCCUCCCCCUUGGGUAAGCACUCCCAGUCCCAUUUAUUGGGAGCACAGGCAGGGAAAUCGGAAAGGGCUGCCUGGUGGCACAGCUGGUAAAUUUGUUGGUUGCAUUGUCUUUGUUUCCUUAAAGGGUUUUCAAUAAGUAUGUUUGGCAUACGGUCUUUUAAUGGGUUUGCAGUGUCUUAUGUUUUUAGCAGCCUGUAUCUUCAGCUGGUGCUUUUAAUCAGGAAAAAAAAAAAUCUGUAAAUACAAGAAUCGUUUAAAAGACAUAACCGUAGAACAUAGCUUCUCGUUUGCAGAUUUCUUCUCCUGUAUAUUCAAAGUAAAACAACUUGCGGGAGCCAUCA